UUUUUUGAUGAACCGUGUAAUCUAGGUGGUGGGUUAUCCGCUCUUCUACCUUUGGACUUUUUGUGUCCUUUCGAUCCUCUAUUAACAUCCCACAGUUCCACCAACUCUGAAUCCUAUCGCCGGCCAAGUAGCGCCAGGAAUCUUGUUAAUCAUCAUAUCUCAGAAGUGAGUGUCAAUCGAGAACGAUGUAAUUCAGUCUCCAAAACAGAGACAAUCGACACCCUGGAGACCGAGCUAAAAUCACAGAAACGUUCACAGCCCUCGAAGAUGAUCGAACCGUUGCCUGCCCCUCAUCCAGAUUGGAAAAGGAAGCCUGACCUCGAGUCCGGGCAUAAAUCAAGAAACGUUGCCUCACAGCGAAACGUUCCAAUGGAGAAACAGUUCUCGACCAUCGAGAAACACGUGGUGACCGAGAAGCAGCAGUACGUGUCGUCGGAGAAACAGUAUUCGUCCAUCGAGAAACAAUAUCUGUCGGAGAAAACAAGUUCAGGGGACAUUUAUCGCGGGAAGUCCACAGCUAAGAGGUUACCUGGCUCGGAACACGUGGUGAUGGACAGAUUCGGUCGUGUGAUGCCGAUACAACCGGAAACGGCGCGCGUGCUGAACCGGCUUCCGGACCUCUCGUUUUUGAACGCCAGAACUCUGUUGCUCGAUCUCGAGCACAAGCAGAUCGCCUGCGAGCUUGGUGUUAUGAGUCGUAAGAUGCCUGGCUGAGUAACGUCGGUCUGAGCGCGAGUUUGAAAGGUCAAGACAUCCGAUAUAU